AUGACGGACAGCGUGGCCGAGGUGGUGCGCAUGCUCAAUGAGCCGCCAUUUGAAAAAGCGUUUACGCUCAUUGGGUUUGAUGCCAUCACGCCCAUUCAACUGCUGCAAGUCUUCAAUGAUGUUCUGGCCUCGAUCGCCCCCGAUCAUGAGAUGGACAUUCGAUCAGAGGAUCCUGAACAAACCGUGGUCCGCUUCCUCUCCCUUUUGCGCGUCCUCAAAUACAAACCUAACCUCGGACCAGCCGAGUUUCGACAGGGGCUGGUCGCAGCGAGUCGUGAUGUCAUUUACCCGGCCCUGCAUUGGCUGCUACAGCGACGGGAAGAGCUUGCCAAGCGUGCCUACCUGGCACGGUACUUGAUGCGCGUGGAGGUGCCGGCCGAUAUUCUCCAGGACGAGACGGUGGGCGAGACGAAUCGCCGAUAUUUGGAGCUGAUUGACAUGUUCAAAACCACUCACCAGGAGUUGGAGGGCAUGAAGUCCUCCAACCUGAGCAUUGCCGAGAUCAAAAAUGAUAUCAAAGCCAUGGAGACGGAGCAGGCACAGCUGACCACCCGCCUGAACCGCCUGCGCACCAAGACGGAAGGCGUGGACCGCCGGGAUGAGCUGCUGGCGGCGGCGCGGGCGCUGCGACAGGAACAUGAGCGACAGGAGCUGUUGGAACAACAACGCGAAGACCAGGUAGAGCAGCGCUCCGCCUUGGAGGACAAGCUGCAUCGCGUGGCCGAGCAGUUGCGCCAGCUGCGGGCCACGGCAGUCACGGGCGGUAGCGAGGGUCUCUUGGCGCGGCUCGAAGAGGAGACACAGAUGUAUGCCUACCUGGCCACAGACAAGCUCCCAACGGCCUUGGCGGAGAAGGAAGAGCAGGUGGCAGCCAAUCGCCGAAUUGUGGACGGGCCGGCGCUGACGGGGUCGGACUUGGACGCUUUGCAGCGGGAGAUUCAGGAACGAAGCCGAAACAUCAACCGGAUGAUGGAGGCACGGUUGGCCAAGAGCGGGGAAGACGCCUCGGACCAGCUGACGGUGUUUCGCAAGCAGGCCGCAAUCAUCGCGAGCAAGAAGAGCAACAUGAGCGAGAAGCUGCAGGAUCUCCAGGACGAGCUGGCGCGACUACAGAAGGAGUACUCGGGGCGACGGGCGGCCCUGGGCACGUCAGGCCCUCGGGUGCCCGGGGCGGACGAGUUCAAGGCGUUUGUGGCCAAGCUGCGCAGCAAGAGCACGCAAUACAAGGAGAAGCGGGCCCAGCUCAACGCCAUGGAGGCAGAAGCCAUGCUGUUGGAACGGACGGCGGCCAUUUUGACGGCGCGCCUGGACGGGGUGCGCGCCGAGUUGACCGCGGUGGAAGCCGCGCAGGGAGUGUCGGGCGCGUUUGACGCCCAAGAGCGACUGGAACAGGUGUCGAUGGCCAAGAGCGAAAUUGACGAGCGCAAGGGAGAGGCGCUGGACGACAUUAGCUCCAUGGUGGACAAGCUCACGCAGACCAUUGCCAACAAGCGGGAGGAGCUGGCGCCGCUGGUGGCGGAGCUGCGCAACCUGCGGGCGGACAAGGCAAAGUUGCAGGAGGAGUACGACACGAAAAAGGCCGAUUACGACCGAGUGGCCGGCACCCUGGGGGCGACCAAGGCCAAGGAGGAGAAGAUGGUGCGCGCAUAUCGCGAGGAGAUUAACCAGGACGAGAGCCGAUACCACUACCUGCACGCGAUGAUUCAACAGCUGCAGGCGCAGCAGCGGGCGGCCGCCGACGAAGAAGAACGAUACAUCAACAAGAAGGAGGGUGAAUCGAUGCGACAAAUUUACAACAAGCGCAUUCGCGAGCAGGACACGCUGAGCAAGCACCUUCGCGAGCGGCAAAAGGAGGUCGAGCAGAACCACGACAACAACCUCAAGCAGCUGGACAUGUGGGCCGACUUGGACCGCAUCUUCCAAGCCAAGCUCGACUCGUCCAGCGAUGGCGCAACCGGUGGCGCCGGUGGCGCUGGAGCCCAUGCCGACAGACUCGAUGGCACGGAGAACCACCUCGUGCUCUAG